AUGGAGCCCCUCAUAGAUAGGAACAACUUCGCAGUAAGUGCUAUAGUCACCGUGGCCAUGCAGAUACUAUUCUUCACCAUCGCUUCUUUGUCUCAGAGUGAUAAAGUAACAGAUUUCACGGGAGGUGCCAAUUUUAUUAUUAUAGCAUUAUUAACGUUCUUCCUCGGCCAAGGCGGGAACACUCUCAAGAACUAUGACAGCAGGCAGCUGAUGGUGACCGCGUUCAUAUGUGUGUGGGGCGUGAGGCUGUCGGGGUACCUCAUAUACAGGAUCUAUCACAUCGGCAGAGACAAACAGUUCGAGGAUCGGAAGAGCAACACGCUGAGGUUCGCCGUCUUUUAUACAUUCCAAGCUGUGUGGGUGUAUGUGGUCAGUCUGCCUGUCAUCAUUAUAAAUUCACCGCAUCACUCAUACCCUAAGGCGCCUAAGACGAUGACGACCUUAGACUCGGCCGGAGCUGGCGUGUUCGUCAUCGGAUUGUUGAUUGAGACUUACGCAGAUUUACAAAAAUUCGCAUUCAGACAGGAACCAGCCAAUCAGGGGAGAUGGUGCAACGACGGCCUCUGGGGACUAUCACGACAUCCCAAUUACUUUGGUGAGGUCGUUCUGUGGUGGGGGAUAUUUAUAAUAUCAUUGAACAUCAUAGAAGGCGUCGAGUACAUCGCUGUGCUGUCACCGUUGUUCACGACAGCUAUAAUAUUGUUUUUAUCCGGUAUACCAUUACUAGAAAGAUCAGCGGACGAGAAGUACAGAGACAACCCUGACUAUCUGUACUAUAAAGCAUCAACGUCACCCUUCAUACCGAUACCACCCGCUAUCUACGUGGAGGUGCCGAGGUUCCUCAAGUGUAUCUUGUGCUGCGAGUUCCCCAUCUACGACUCCACGAGCGAGGAGUUCCCCGCGCCCACCAUCGUCACCGAGACCACCAGUAUAUCGAUGGUCCAGUCGCAGACAUAG